UUCAUCCGCUUGGUGGCGCAUUUGCAAAGCUCUCUCUGCGUUGCUCGUACGCAACCUCCGCCUCUUCCCCUUUGCCCGACCGGCCAAACCCACCAAUCCCUCUUCAACGCUCUACCAGCUGUUGCGGGCGGGGGCAAUCGGCAGCAUUCCUGCUUCUUGGUAGCCUUGAUCAACAUUCCUGCUGUUUUGGUCGGUGGACUCUGCGGCGGAUCGCGGCGGGAUCCCCGAAUUCCAGUCGCCAGCUGCGGUUCCGCGCCGAGGCCCGAGGGCAUGGCAGGAAGGCAUACCAUCAUUCUCAUGCAGCCGUCCCAGAACAGAGCGACAAGGACAUUUUUGGACUUCGAUUCAGUUAACCACGCACUGGAUGGAAUCUGUGGCCUUUAUGAAAGGAAAAUCAGGAACAUCAACCCGAUGGUCAGGAACUUGACUUAUGAUAUCAGUGACCUGUACAAUUUCAUCGAUGGCCUGACUGACAUAAGCGCACUAGUGUUCGAUGAUUCCCUUCAUGCUUUCCUGCCAUAUGACCGUCAGUGGAUAAAACAGAAGCUGUUCCAGCACCUGAAGAGGCUGGCCCAACAGUAGAGCGCUGGUGGCUUUUAGUCUGCGUGAGCCGGGAACCAAGGUGCUUGAUUGUUGGUUCAGGCUGGUUUGAGAUCUCUGGGGUGUCUGUAUAAGAUUUCUUGGCAGCCUAGCAGUGUUGAUGUAAAACCGUGUGGUUUGCAAUAUCAUUGCAGGUGGUCUGGCAACUGGCAUUGUACUGUGAACGGCUGAACAAUGCAGCUUCCAGAUAAUCAUCUCUUUAUAUCUGAGCUCC